UGGAAGGUCACGGGCUGCCGAGGGACUGGGACGCUGCAGAGGUGGCUGAGCCUCUGCUCCCCCUGCCUCAGCCAUGCACCUCUGCGGGGGCAAUGCGCUACUGACCGGGACAGACCCUGAGGAGCAUCAGAGGCAGCUGAAGAAGAAACAGAAGAACCGGGCGGCCGCCCAGCGCAGCCGACAGAAGCACACGGACAAGGCAGACGCCCUGCACCAGCAGCACGAGUCCCUGGAAAAACACAACCACGCCCUGCGGAAGGAGAUCCAGGCCCUGCAGACAGAGCUGGCAUGGUGGAGCCGGACCCUGCACAUGCAUGAGCGCCUGUGCUGCAUGGACUGUGCUUCCUGCUUGGCUCCAGGGUCCCCUGACUGCUGGAACCAGGCCGAAAAGCCCCUAGUCCCCAUCCCCCAUGGAAAACAGGGCUGCCAGGAGCAGCCGGGUCUAUUCCAGACCCCAGUCUGUUCUCCCCCAGCUCAGCAACUCUCUCCAGGUCCACAGCCUCACGAUUCCCCUUGUCUCCUCCCAUCCCCUCUGCUCUCGCUGUCCCUUGGCACUGCUGUGGUUACUGCAUCUCCUGCUCAACUGUCCCCAAGCCCUGUCCUGUCUGCCUCACCCACUGGCUGCAGCCUGCUGGAGCCAUCCUCUAAGCUCAGUGCCCUCUUGCCCAGCCCCACAGCCCAACCUGAUCCUCUACAGCCCCUCGGGCUGGUGCGCUCCACCGGGGGCAUGCUGGGGUCCUCUCCCCAUAACCCUUCCUCUGCUCUGAGGCUUCCAUGUCAGCAGAGCAGGGAGCAUGAGCUUGCUUUCUCUGCAGCAGAUUGGCAAGGGUUGGGUGUGGAUCCCAGCCCCCACCCUCUCCUGGCCUUCCCUCUGCUUUCCUCUGCUCAAGUCCACUUCUAACCUGGUCCCUGGAGCUGGGCUGGCCCCUCCCUUGGGCUCAGGAGGCAGCCUCAGCACACGGGCAUCUCCUCCACUGCUCCUGGAGGCUGCCCUGAGAAGCUGACUGCACGUUGGAAAAGGAAGCUUCCUGAGUGCCUGCUGCUGUGGCAGGCCCUGUCACUGCCACUGUCUUAUUUCAACCUCGAAAUGGAGAGUAUCACUCCACUUUUUCAGACAAGGAAGCAGAGGCCCAGAGAAGUCCAAGGUCACACAGCGUUUCUUGGGACCUGAAACACCACCGUCUGCUCGUCCCUCUCCGGGUGGGAUCCUGGCCCAGGUCCCCUAGGGGCUGAAGUCCUGGAAACUGAGGCUAGUGCGAGGAGGUGCACACGCUGGGAGCACAGAGGGCCUCUCCCCUCUGUCUCGUGAUUCCCCGGGCUGGACCCCUACAGCCCCAGAAACUCCGCCCUCGCUGGGGCCGGUCCAGAGAUCAAGCCUGGGCGGGUAGAGGCCAAGCAGAAGCCCUAAAGUGGACUCGUUUCCCCCCAAGUAGUGUUUUCAGUGCCAAGAAAUUGAAGCUGUGGGUAGCAGUAAGGGAGAGUCCUGGAACAGGCCCCUCUGGGGUUUCUGCAGGCUGGGUACCCACAGCCAUACCAAGGCUUCUGGGAGAUUCUGCAGGUUCCGCUCUCCUGGCUCUUCCCAAAUUCCUCCUACCUCCCCAGGGCCCCCAAGGCUGUGGUGGGAGAGCCAUUCAUCUCACACGCAAAAGGCAAGAGGGAAGAAUGAGGGAAGAGCUGGAUUUGCACCCGGCAGCAGGUCUCUGGUAACACCCCUGACCCCGUGUGGUCCCCAGGCUCCCACUACUUGGACCCCUCCUAUGCAGCUCCCUCGUUGCUCUUUGGCCAGGGCUGACAGCAGCCGAAGAGCAGAGCCUAGGACCAGAUGGGAGCUCAGCGGCAGUGUCUGCUGCAAGAGGGGCUCUCGCUGAGACUCCAGGACAAGCACUCUAAGUGGGCUUGAGGUGACAAACCCCAGCUCUUCACUCAGAUUUUCACACACAUGUAAGCAAGACACUGUUAGUAUUUCACACACUCCUGCGUGCGGAACACAAGUCUCAGCACAUAUGUGAUGGCAA